GUGCCUCGGGGGACCAUGGAGGAUGGCACCACCAGGUUCACCUGCAGAGGGAAGCCUAUCUACCACUUCCUUGGCACCAGCAGCUACUCUGAGUAUUCGGUGGUGGAUGAAAUCUCAGUGGUCAAGAUCGAUCCAGCCUCACCUUUGGAGAAAGUCUGCCUCAUCGGCUGUGGGUUUUCUACUGGUUAUGGGUCUGCCGUCAAUGUUGCCAAGGUCACCAAAGGCUCCACCUGUGCCGUGUUUGGCCUUGGAGGAGUUGGCCUGUGUGCAGUCAUGGGCUGUAAGGCAGCAGGAGCGGCCAGGAUCAUUGCAGUGGAUGUCAACAAAGACAAAUUUGCAAAGGCCAAAGAGCUGGGGGCCACUGAGUGCAUCAGCCCACAGGACUUCAAGAAACCCAUCCACGAGGUGCUGAAGGAAAUGAGUGGUGGAGGUGUGGACUUUUCAAUUGAAGUCGUUGGUCGGCAUGACACUAUGGUGUCUGCCCUGUCAUGCUGUCAUGAGGCAUAUGGUGUAAGUGUAAUCGUAGGGAUACCUCCUGGUUCCCAAGAGCUCCAGAUGAACCCGAUGUUGCUGUUGACUGGACGCACCUGGAAAGGAGCAGUUUUUGGUGGGUGGAAGAGCAGAGAACAUGUUCCUAAGCUGGUUUCUGAUUAUAUGGCAAAGAAGUUUAAUCUAGACCCACUAAUUACUCAUACUCUGACUUUUGAUAAGAUCAAUGAAGGGACUGAAUUAAUGAAAACCUGA